CAUCCGACACAUUAUUUCCGCUCCCUCUCAUCCUCUCUCUUUUGUCUCCAACUCCACUUGCUUCUCUUCUCCAAUAACCACAUCUCCCAUUCGACCCCAACCACUUCUUUAACACUCAUAAAUACACACUUUCUCUCUCUCUGUGUCUCUGUAUGUGAAAUCAUGGGCAACUGCAUGGAGACCUGCAACCCAAGUCUAGAAUGUGGCCAACAAACAAAUCCAGAAGAGAGAGAAGAAAAAUGGGCAUCUGGUGAUGGUGGAUUCAGAGAUAGUGGUUUUCAGGAUGGUAGUUUAGGGUAUGAUAGUGGCCUUAGGGAUGGUGGUAUCAAGGUUAAGAUUGUUGUGACAAGGCAAGAAUUGGAAUGGUUGGCUCUCAAGUGUAAAGAGAAGGGUGGAAUGAGGGUUGAAGAGUUGUUGUUAGAGAUUAAAAAGAGUAGAAGUUAUGGUUAUGAUAGUGGUGGAUUCUUAAAAUCAAGUAAUGGAGUGUGGAGGCCUGGUCUAGAGAGCAUCAUGGAGAGCCCUGAAACACAAAGUGUGGAGAUGAUCAGAUAAAGUUUUAAGCUUCACUCUUUUCUAGUUUUUUUAGUGUUGAUCUCUUUUGAGACCUCUUUUUGUAUAUUCUCUCAUGUUUUUGUAUGUAGUUUUGAUCUUCAUAUUAA